AUGAAAGUGCUAACAGACACUUUUCAUAAAAGUAAUGAUGAAGCUUUUACCUACGGUGGUACCCGAAAAGGAAAGUAUACAAACAUUCAUGAGUUAAUAGACUACAAACUAUCUCAGAUGAGUAAAAAUGAAAGAGGAUUCUUCAAUUAUUCAUUGUUUGGUCUUUCGGGCUUUGGUGUCGUUUCAGCGAUUGUCAUCAACAGUUUGUUCCGUAAAUCUUUAAUGGUGUAUGAAGGAGCGAUACUUACCUCAACCGUUGUACCUGUGCUUAGUUCUGCAUUUAACCUUAGUGCCCAAUCAGCCUUGGUGCAGACACCUAUAGUAAAGGGAACUGCAUGUUCUGUAUGCGCAACUGUUCGCGGAGGGGCCGUACAAACGAUAACCACAUGUUUGGUUCCUGCAGGAAUCUCUGUUGGCAUGGCUGCAGUGCUUGCUGAAAGAUACAAAUCAGCAGAAGUGCCUUCAUUUGGAUUUCCUCCUGACAAACAUUUCCGUAGUUUUUGGGCAAAAAUAUUUAAACAGGUAUUCCGUAAAGCCUCUCCACUAAUAUUUCUACAAGCAUUGCUUGGUGGGGUGGUUGCAUAUAGACAGCAUCAAAUUAUUGAAAAAGCAAAGAUGACCAUUACGAAAGAGGAGCUUCAAGAUUUAUGGCAAGAAGCAUCAAGAAAUAUAUCUGUUCUUCAGAGCAGUUGA